GCAAGUAGUAGGUGUACGAUCAGUGUCGGGCCGACCGGCAUCGUGUGUAGGUGGUGGAGCCACGUUUGUCCUGACAGUUUAUUUCCAAGUCGAUCGAGUUCCACGAGACCAGACCGGAUAAUUCAAACAGCCGUAAAACGGGAUUCUGGUUGUUUCGAGGUUGGACGACAGCCGAGAAAUAGCAGAAGAACUUAGAUGUUCCAGCAAUCACAGUGCGAUACAAUGAAAUAAACGAGGGGAAAAGAAAGUUUCUGAAUUAGAAAGCAAUUACACUUGAGAUACAGUAAGAAGUUAUCACAUAAAAGGAAAUGGAAGCCACUGAAUGGAAUAUCGCUGAAAGCAGUGGCGAAAAUCACCAAAAUGAGUGCCUAAAGAAAAUAAUGAAGAUAUAUGAGAAUUGAAGAGAAGAACAGAAUAAAAAAAUAAGUCAAAAGUAUUAUAGAAACAAUUAACAAGCACAAGAAGGUGGAACAAUUUAAUAUGCCCUAAAUUAAUUUAGUAAAAAGAAAAGCAAUCAUAAUCAAAUCAAGUUAUAGUAUUAAAAAGAAAUUCAUUUAAUUUAUAAGCAAUUCGUUAAACCAAUCUUUAAUAUAGAAAUAUAUAAAAUGUGCUUCGAAUCAUAUUAACCUUGCUUCGUAAUAAAAGAUACAGCAAAAAAAAGGAAGUUUAAUUAAUACAGUUCAAUUAAUAUUCAAUCCUAUGUUAAGAACAGAGGAUUGUUAGUUAAAAUGAUCGUACGAAACUUAUAAAACUUCUGUACAAAGCUGUUCAUAUGAUGUGACAAUGUUGCCUUUGGAAUAUCGCGAAUUCAGUGUGGUGAUGUUUUAAUUUCGUGAAACAAUUAAGCCAGUUCACAAAGGAGAAGUGGUAUCACCGGGUCGAUCAAAUUUAUAUUCCGGCUUACUCAAAGGAUCAAACGAAAUGGCAAGUCGAAUGAAGGCUUUAUACAACCAGGUAAUGUUUGAGAGACGGAUACUUCUUGGCUGUACCAUUCUUGUGGGACUAUCGGUGUGCAUAUGGGCGGUUGCCAUUGGAACCGAUCAUUGGUUCACGGUUGAAGCACCGGAUGAAACAGGUCUACCCCUUGGGGAUGCUGGCAAAGCUGGCAGAAGAUUGAUCUAUAAACAUAUGGGUCUCUGGAGAGGCUGCAUCCGGGGGGUAGCACCAGAAUCCGUAAACUCCACCGUGAUGGUUCCAUACAAGGAAUGCAAGAACCUGGACAUGUUCCCGACCGACAUGCAGAUCAAAUUGGAUCCCGGAUUGAACAGAACCGUUGUCAAUUAUUCCAGGACACAGGUGUCGUUCGCAUUGAUCAGCCUGUUCGUAAUGAUAAUGGGCUUCUCUUUCUCCAUCUAUACGUUCCGUAAUCCACGAUACAUGUUCAAACGACUGGCCGGUGGAAUACACUUCAUUAGCGGUGCUUGCAACAUGGUGGUGAUACAAGUGCUUCUAUCAUCGAUCGAAUUCGAAAGUAAAUACGUAUUCGCAACAUUUCCUAAGGGUGCGGUAAUGAGGUACGACUUCUCUUUGAUUCUCGCCUGGAUCGUGUUCCUGUGCAAUUUGCUGGCAGGACUCGCGUUCAUGGUGUUCUCCAGGAAACGCAAGAGGGACAAAGCGCCCACGGAAGAGAUCGCGAUGGCCGAUGAACCGACGAUCAUCGGUCGUUGAAUUCGUUCCGGAUUUCUUUCUCAGACUUUACUGAGAAACAUGGUCGCGUGCGCGAAUGGAAAUUUAUGAUUCAGGGUAUCGUGCAUGGAUCGACGGUAAUAAAAGACGGAUACGUAGGAAUCGUACGGGAAAGAACGAGAAUAUUUCAAACGAUUUCUGAACGAUUAGAAACUUUCAGAUCGUUGCAAAUUUUGAAAGCGUUGGAAGAUAAAAUGUUUUGGUGCACUUGCUUCGUUUCGUCCCUCAAAAUUAACAAUUCGAUUAAUUUUGGGAACUCGUAAUUUAAUCUAAAUAAUUUUGGGAAUAUCGUAAUUAACAAAGGUGAAAAUUUGCACAAUUAUAAAUAUUCCAUAAGGGAAACAAUUCGAUUUCUACUGAAACUUAAUAGAACGAUUGAAAUUCUUAAUUAACAACGAUUUUUAAAUUAAAUCGUAUGAAUGAAAGUUGAAAUAUAUUUAGUGAAAAAAUUCUCUGCGGUCGUUAAAAUUGUGAAACGCAAGUGCACUGUGUUCUCUGAUCCUUCAACACCCCCACCCCCUCAAACACUUGAAGUAAUCGAUACUGUCAUAAAGCAGUUUUGCGAUGUACUUUGAAGAUAUGAAUUGUCUCGUUACCUCGUAUUGAACAAUCAACAAUUAGAAUAGAAAUACUCGGAGAAGAACACGAUUCGAAUGAAACCUACACGAUAAAUGCAAUGCUAUUUUUCUACUACGUUGAAAUGAUAAAAUUUAAGACACUUUCUACGGUGGGACCAUUGCAUAUAAAUUGAAGAAAUGUUUCCCCUUAAGAAAAUUAAAUAGCAAUAGUCCUUGCGUAUUCAUAAUUAUUUUUCUACGUGAAACCGUAUAUUUUUCUACCCUAUUCUAUAAUAUAUACGAAUCGUAAAAAACAAGAACAUAUAUAUUAACCCUUUGAAGAAUCUGAAAUAAAUCAGAAUGAAAAUGUGGUUCAUCGUGGCAACAGGAUAGUUUGAAAACUAUAAUAAUUGUAAAUAAAUGUUCAUAUCUAUAUAAUAGAAAAUUUGGAAUGUAUUUAACGCCAUCGUUGUCUCUGUUAAAGGUGGUGAAGUUUCACUCGUGCGAUAUUCGAAAUUGAGAAACUAUUUUGGCUAUUAAUUACGACAGUAAUUUGCAAUCUCUAAGAACAGACAAUUCUGGGGGUGAGAGGUGGGUUACAUAUAGGAUACAAAAGAUCGUUCCUCAAGGAUACAUAUUACCAUUUUCAGGGAACAAUAUAGUUCUAUAAUAAAUAGAUAUGAUCCUCAGUAUAAUCAAACUUUUCGAUUCUAGUCGUUAUCUAGUCAUUGUUCCUCGUGAAUGAAACGUUAAUCGAAUCUUAAAAAUAUGACCUCGUGUCACUAAAGAAUAUUUAAAAAGAAAAUACUUUGUCCGUUCAUAGAUAAUGUCACGCCCAAUCUUUUAAUUAAACCUUUUAAUUAAAUCGAAAAUGGUGCAAAGUGAAAUGUAUACCAAAAAAUGUAAGUUAAUGAUAUUUAAAAAUAAUCCUUGCACCAUUUCCGCUUUUGAAUACUCCAACAGUUCAUCCAACGAGACGAAACAGUAAAUGUGUACAUAUAUUGACUCGUCUGAUUGGACGGAUUAUAGUAUUUAAAUUUCAUGACGACUCUAGUCUUCUGUUUAUUCGAGUAAAACGUUUCUCGUCAGGUUUUUUUAUUUAUAUUUUGAACUGCGACGCGUUAAACAAUUUGUGAUUGUUUGGAGUUUCCAGUUUUGUUACCCCCUUUGUUUCCUGAGAUUAUGUGAAUCAACGUUCGCUGAUCGUUAAUCGAACACGCAAUACUUAUUAAUCUUUAAUAUCUUUCAAUGUCUUUAAGAAAUAAAACAGAAACAAAUUAAAUAAGUUAUAUCGUAGUUUAAGUACUCAACAAAGUAUGUUAGAUACUAAUUCGUUUUCAAGAAUGUUGUUGGAAACUACAUGCCCUGUUUAGAGCUAUGGAGAAGUUUUUAAGGAAGUUAUAAUCAUUGCAUCGAUUAGCAAACGUUGAUCAAAGAAUGAUUUACACGAAAGUGUCUGGUUGAAAGUUCCUUCGCCUUUUGCUUGUUGAGUAUAAGCAGCUGCCCACGCGUUCUAAUAAAAGACAUCUACUUUAUACACAUGUACGCGAACACGAGAAUUAAUUGUAAUUGCUCUUUUCCACGACCGAAAUAAAGCGUAUUCACGUUUAUCGAUGAAAUUUCGUUUCGUCUGUUCCUUCCCUCCACGCACAGAGGGGGAAAAAUGAAUUUCAUUUGAACAGUUUUAUGAGUUGCUCGCUUGAAAUAAAAAUGAAACUUUUAAUUCUUUGACUCACCGAGCUGAUGAGCACCAUGAGGAUGAUCCCCUCUGAUGAUCUUAGCAUUGGUCGACCGAUCUGUAAUUAAUAAAACAAUAACAUUA